CGUUUAGUCUUCUUUAAAAACUGGCAUAAAGUGUUUGUUGUUUGGCCUUUAAGAAGUGACACAAAGAAAUUUCAAUUUUCAAAAACAAAAAAAAACAGCAUAAACAUCCAAAACAAAGCGCAACAACAACUAUUAAUUAACAAAACAAAAUAUCUAAAUGUAUUAAUAAACAAAAACAAAAGAAAUAAGUGUGUAAAAAAUAUAGAAAAAAAAUUAAAUAAACAAAAACAAAUCUAAGAUAAAAAAUAAACAAGAGAGAAAAAAAGCACACGACAAUCAACAAAAUCACUUGAAUACUUAAAACUAUACACUUGAAUACAGCAAUAGACCCAUUGUACUUGUAUACAAACAUAAACAUACAUAGAUACAAGUGAGUGUAGUAAGUACAUUGUAUAAGUAUGCAUGUGCAGCAGUAUAAAAUUAAAUAUUGAAGUGAAUGAAAGUGAUGUGUACAACGAACGGAACAGCAGACGACAAGCUCUAUUAGUGAUUAAGAAGUAGUUGGCGAAUAGCUACCGCAAAGAACACAACACAAUUUAUAAAAAAUAAAAUAUAUAUAACGGAAAUACGUGAAAUAAAUUAAGAACUUGUAAUGCAAGUAUUCAAUUUCAUAGGGACACUGGUUGUCCUUAUGAUUCUAACCUGCAGUGAGGCGCGCCGUAGCAGUUUAAGAGCCACUCACAUGAUACAGCACCCACCGCAUGUAGAGCCCCAAGCAGUGGCAUCUCGCAGACCUACCCCCGAGGCCUACAAUUCUCUGCGUGAUAUUUUCUUUCGCUAUGAAGAAUCUAAAACCCUGGGUGGAGAUAUAACCCUGACCCAACGUGAAUUACAGGCCAAUCAAAUUAUAAUGGAAGUCAAGACCAAAGAGUAUGAGGAAGGUUUGGUGACCCCCCAUCUAUUUACACCCUCCCAGCAUUUCUUUGAAGUGCUGGAUGAAAUAAAACGUUCUGAUCUCUUCAAAUACAUCUCGGCCAUGCCCAAGGGUGCCGUAUUACAUGCUCACGAUACCGCUCUAUGCAGUACAGAUUUCCUCAUAAAACUUACCUAUCGUGAAAAUUUAUGGGUAUGCCAAGCUGUUGGUGAUAAAAAGGCCAUGGGUUUAAGAUUCUCCAAAACAAAACCAUCGGUGGAACCAGAAAAUGACUGCACCUGGGAGUUGUUGUCGAAAGUACGAGAUUUACAUGGAGCCGAUAAGGUUGAUACGUAUUUGCGUGAACAUUUGACCAUGUAUCCAACGGUGAAAUUUGCCGAUAAUAAUGAAGCCUGGCAGCAGUUUAUGAGUAUAUUUGGUCUUUUGGAUGGUUUGCUGUUGUAUGCACCUGUCUGGUCGGACUAUUACUACAAUGCUCUGGAAGAGUUCCGUGCCGAUGGUGUACAAUAUUUGGAAUUCCGUUCAACGUUGCCCAUACUUUAUGAUUUGGAAGGCACCAAUUACACUGCACUCGAUACAGUGCGAAUAUAUAAGGAAACUUUGGAUAAAUUUAUGAACAACUAUCCGGAUUUCAUAGGAUCCAAAUUGAUCUAUGCACCCAUACGUAAUGCAGACAAUAAUAGUUUUGAGCAAUACAUUAAAAUUUGCUUGGAAGUUAAGGAAAAAUAUCCCGAUUUUGUGGCUGGUUUCGAUUUGGUGGGUCAGGAGGAAAUGGGACGUCCACUUAAGGAUUUCAUACCACAAUUGUUGGCCAUGCCUGAUAACAUAGAUUUCUAUUUCCAUGCUGGUGAAACCAAUUGGUUUGGUUCCUCGGUAGAUGAAAAUCUUAUAGAUGCAGUGCUUUUGGGCACCAAACGUAUAGGUCAUGGCUUUGCUUUGGUUAAGCAUCCUUUGGUCUUGCAAAUGCUAAAGGAACGUAAUAUAGCCGUGGAGGUAAAUCCUAUUUCCAAUCAGGUUUUACAACUAGUCUCUGACUAUCGUAAUCAUCCCUGCUCACACUUCUUUGCUGACAACUAUCCGGUGGUAAUAUCCUCAGAUGAUCCCUCCUUCUGGAAGGCUACUCCCUUAUCACAUGAUUUCUAUAUAGCUUUCUUAGGCAUAGCUUCAGCUCAUUCUGACAUAAGAUUGCUUAAGAAAUUGGCUUUGAAUUCCAUUAACUAUAGCUCCAUGAGUCCUGAACACAAACUUUUGGCUUUGGAGAAAUGGCAAAUGAAAUGGGAUGCCUACAUAGCCAAAGUGUUGAAGGAAAUCCCUUCAAAUACAGCAGCUGAGAGAAGACUACACACCAACAAGAUCGAUUGACUAGCACGCCUGUUGUACGCUAUAUUUUAUGUUUUCACUGUUAAAUUCUAUUUUAGUCUGUAAACAAAAAAUUUAUAGUCAAUUGAUUCCAAUUUUAACAGUGGCCAUUUUUAUGGCGUUCAGCAGCAGCCUCUGCCUGAUAAGCCAAACGGAAUUUGUGUUAAUAAAUUUAGUAUAUUUAUGAUUUGUGUAUGACUUAUAACUAAUUGCUAGAAUUGAUUGCACGUUUUGCUUUUACGAUUUUAUUGUCUCCCAUUUUGUUUUAUUGGAUUUUUGAUAUUUUUUUUUUUUUUUAGUUUUAAGUUUUGCUUUAUUAAUUAGAUAAGCUAUUAAAUAAACUGUAUUACGUACAAAAUGUUUAAUUAUCUGUGCAAAAAUAUAGUGUGUUGAUAUUAAAUGAAAAUCAUUAAUGAAUUUAAGUGAAAAUAUAUAUAUUUUGUUGCUAAUGCUGGACUUUAGUUUAAAGUUUUUAUAUAUUUUUAUAAGAGUUGUGAAUUUAUGAUUUAGUUUUUUAUAAAAAUCUUCAAAUAAAUGUUUAAAUGAAUAAUGAAAGUGAAAACUAAAA